CUUCAACUGCAAGCACCGGUGACCCGUCAGAGCGAAGUGUGUCCGGGAGAAACCGAACCGAGAAGUGAUCAGCUGAAGAAGGAAGAGACAGAGAAAGAAGUGAUGGAGCGCUCCAAGCAGACACCGUACGGCUCAAGCGAGAAGAAAGACGCCGGGGACAGCGGCUCCGUGCUCAACGGACACUUUGACGGGAUGGUGAAGCGGCCAGCCGGCGGCACCGGGCGCGCCACCGCUCCCCAGGCUCCGGGCGCGGAGUCCGGCUCGCACCGACCGGCCAGCUCGGUGAUGGAGAGCUGGAAGGAGGAGCGCACCAGGAGCGUGGAGGACAACGAGAUGAGCCUCCCGUCCCUGGCCGCAGCCUACACCACCAUCCUGCGGGGGCUCGGGGAGGACCCGCAGCGGCAGGGGCUCCUCAAAACCCCCUGGAGGGCCGCCACCGCCAUGCAGUUCUUCACCAAGGGCUACCAGGAGAAAAUUAUAGACGUGCUGAACGACGCCAUCUUCGACGAAGACCACGACGAGAUGGUGAUCGUCAAGGACAUCGACAUGUUCUCCAUGUGUGAACAUCACCUGGUGCCCAUCUUUGGCAGGGUUCACAUCGGUUACCUUCCCAACAAGAGAGUCCUGGGCCUCAGUAAGCUGGCAAGGAUUGUUGAAAUCUACAGCCGUCGACUACAAGUUCAGGAGAGGUUGACCAAACAAAUUGCCGUGGCAAUCACCGAGGCCCUGCAGCCCACCGGCGUCGGCGUCGUCAUCGAGGCGACUCACAUGUGUAUGGUGAUGCGAGGCGUUCAGAAGAUGAACAGUAAAACCGUCACCAGCACCAUGUUGGGAGUUUUCAGGGAAGAUCCAAAAACCCGCGAUGAGUUUCUGACGCUGAUCAGGAGCUGAGGAGGAGGAGGAAGCUCCGCCUCCUCCUCGGCUCCUCCUCUUCCUCCUCCUCCUCCUGUUGCCUGGGGUUACCUCCACCUGCACGACCAGCUGUCGUGCUAAAUGUGUGUGUGUGUGUGAGUGUGUGUGUGUGUGUGUCCAUCUCACCAGAGGCAGUGGCAGAGUGUUUACUGUGUUUUCCAGUCGUUUUAAUGGUCAGAUGAGGCCGUUGACUGACUCGUUGUUUACUUUUAGGCGACGGGACAGACUUUACCCCCUUUAGGCCACGCGAGUUAUCUGAUAUCAGUCAGCGGCAAAAUACAGAAGAAGAGUUUACAAAAAAAAAAAAAAAAUCCACCCUGAAAAAAUACUGAGUGGUCAGGGACGCUGGAGGACAGUCUGUCCAUCUGUCCGUCCGUCUGUCAGUCUGUCCGCAGAAGCUUCUCCACCUGUGCUGCCAGAGGUGGAGAAGACAUGAAUUAGUUGCAGCAAACCAACAUUAAAAACGAGCCUUUCUUCAAAAGUUAAUGCACAUGAACCUAAAACUAGAGAAAAUUUAAUUGUGACGUGUUAUAUUAAUUUGCUCAGAUGUGGCCAAACAUUUACAUGCGACUGUGAUAAUGUCUAACAAAUGAUCAGUGAGAUUCUGGUCAGGAUCAUUUUCAUGUACCAGCCUAGUUUAAAACACGACGACAGCUUUUAAAGGCACAUGUGAACAGAUCUGAGUCUUCGUUUGAAAUCUCACUUUAACACUCUGUCACUUCUCAAAACCCACAGUUUACAAACUUUACCGUCACUUCCUUUCCUUUUAUUCAGACCUUCUUAGGUUAUAUCAGUGGAUUUAAAACUAGAUCUCACGCCAUGAACGUUUUUAUUACAAAGCAAACAAAAACAGCCGUUUCAGGAUCAACGUUUGGCGCAAAGUUAUUGGGAGAAAAUGAGCGAAAUGCAGACCGAAGUGAAAGGGCUGCAUCUGAAAACCACCAGUUCUACAAGUAAAUUAAUUUUAAUUUUUUUUUUUUUUUGUAUCAUCCUGUGAAAGGAUCUGUCUUUGUGCCAACUCACCUCUCUAUUAAAACCAAAAACGAGUUGAAGUGACGAGGCAGCCGGCGGGAUGCUGCGCUGCAGACUCACUGUCUGAAAACAGAAAAUAUACAUUUCCAUGAGAGGCAAAUGAAAUGUGUGCGUGUGUGUGUGUAUUCUUUACAGUGAUCACCCCAUCAGAUGAACACUGUGGAGACAAGUGUGUGUCCUUGUAUUAAGUCUUGUGAUUUUUUUCAAUUCAAUGCGUCAAAAUGUCCCCAGACAGAUUUUGAGAGGUUUUAACUAGUGUAACGUGUUGACUGGAGCUGUGUGUGUGUGUGUGUGUGUGUGUGUGUGUGUGUGUGUGCGUGUGUGUGUGUGUGUUGGAGGGAAAAUGAGCUCUAACAAACAGCUCUGAUGUUGUUUUCGUGGCCUUGUUGAGAAGGACGGCCUGUUCUCUGGCCCCUUCGCCAUCAUUGUCACUUUAUGUACUGUGUUCAUUACAAAGACUUUUUAAUCAAAGACAAUAAAUCUUUACUGUAUGUGA